AUGUCGCCUAAGAGCGUGUGGCUACAACUACAGAUACGUGAACACCCCAUAACAGGACCAUAUGUCGAUGGCUUAUCGCGCCUGGGCGUUCAGGCGUCUGCCGAUAUCACUGGUUGGUUGCGAGUUGGUGCCCGCAAGCGUUCUGUGGCUGCCACAAAAGUCAACCAUUGCAGCAGCCGAUCGCAUACUGUCCUUACCAUCUCUAUUACUCGGCGCGAUCUUGUACGUCUUAGAAACAUGUACACUUCUUGGAGAGAUUUGGCGUUGCCCUCACGGAUCGUCUCCUUCACUAAACCAGUGAUAUCUGAGCAAACUGUGGGCGCCUGCAGCAUCUCAAAUGGAUUUCUAGUACAUUUUGUCCGUAGUGCCGAAUUUACCAAAUGUGGCGGCGGCGAAAUGAUCGAGAAUGUUUUGUUUAGUCAGCUUAGCAUCGUUGAUCUUGCCGGUAGUGAGCGCCAAUCCGUAGUUAAUCACUCAAACACACGACUCCAGGUGGGUUUAAGACAGAUUGACUACUCUUCAUCUUAA